AUAUAGGAAUGACAAAAAGCAAGACAGCUCACGGAGAAAAGGUACUCUACAAUCUAAUACAAUCGGAUCGCCUAUUUUGUCCGGAAAUCUAGUAACAAUAUAUUCUUUAACUUGUUAGCGAUGAAUAAACUACAAUACUUGGAAUUCAACGUGCAAAUAUUUCUUGUUGCUGUGUCUGGCAAGCUUUCGCGUUGUUAAGAACAUAAAAAGUACGCAUAAAAUUUGAAUAUCUAGGUAAAAAUGUCUAUCCAUUCUGCUUAUAUUGCCUGUAAUUGUAAUGCUUGACAAACUCCGAACAAGCUUUAAGAUUGCCAGGAAUUCAAAAUGUUCAGUGAGUAUGCAAAACAUUUGAAUAUUUUGUGCGGAGUUUCGUUUACGCGCAGCAUUUGCGGGAUCUUUUAUAAUUAUUCUCGAAAUAGAUCUUCAAGGAAAUAAUCGUAUUCAAAUGCAUAGCAAGGAGAGGACUUUGUAUGGUCGUCUUGGGUGAAAUCUAUAACCGAGCUCCUACACGAUGAAAACCAUGGCUGAUUGCAGAAAGAACAAGAUUGUGGUUAUCGUCAUCGCUCUGCUGAUGUUGCAGUGGACGGGUAAAGGAGUUGAGGCAGUGUCACAAUUCUUGAACGAUGCCGCAUUCAGCAUCGUUGACCCCGAAUUGUCUGUGGUGUCGAGACUGAUUUCUUCGUCGUCGAGUUAUCUGUUUCCUUCGUCGUCAUUUGGACUCUUUUCUCAGCCGUCCAUGGGUUCUGUUCCAGCGAUGACCCCGGUACCAACGAUGACCUAUACUCUACAGACCCCAGGCCCACCCAAUACUCAGAAUGUUGUCUCGUCCACCCAGCUGCUCUUUCCAACUCCUACACCUUCCCCGACGCCAGUGAGCACUUCUCCCGCUCCUCCACAGAACUUCAAUGCUAUAUCUGGAUUUAUUAGCCCCGUGUUGCUCCGUGAUGACAAUUCAUUCGAUACAUCCACAGGGAUAUUCACAGUCGAUGAUGACGGCGUUUACGUUUUCGUUAUCCACCGACCAGGUGUACUCUUCCUCAAUCCCGAUCUUACUUUGACCGUGAUCCCUAGUGCCAAUCCGACAUCGAACCAAACUCUCGUCACCCUCGAUGACACUGGCGAUGGAAGCGUCACCACGACACACGUCGUCGCAGAUCUGCGACGCGGUGAUCGUGUAUUCAUCGACAAUCCAGGACAAGCUGACGUCUUUGGCACCGCAGAUAAUCCAUUUAUCUAUAAUGGUUUCCUACUUUAUCAUACACCCAUCUCACCAGCACCAAAAGUUCGUCAGAGUGCAUUCUCGGUCUCCCUUGCCGGAAACCUAAGCAGAGAAGAAGGUUCUAUUUUCAGCAAUUACAAUCCACCAGCCUUGAAUAUCAAUGAUGACUUCGACGUCGAGAGGGGCACCUUCCUUACUUCCCUAAAGGGCCUUUACAUCUUUCAUCUCUCGGCAACUUUCACGACUACGGUGUCUGACGCUAGACCAGCGAUUACCGUUAAUGUUAAUAACGUUGAAAGAGCGAGGGGGUCUGUGAAAGUAAACCCGAUACAAAUAAGCAACAGCGUCGGUGUAACAAUUGCACUGCCAAUGGUUCGAGGCGAUAUCGUUGAGCUCUUCAAUGUCUUAGACGACUCAAACAUAGAUUUCUUUCUCACAUUUUCUGGAUAUCUCCUAGCUUAAACUUUCACACGAUAAAUGUAUUGGUAUUUAAACCACGUGACACUAUACAAUCAACUAUAGUCCCUGGCUAAUCAUUGAUUACUAAAGCUUAUUUGCCAACCUGAUGACGAGAUAAAAAACGAGACGGCGAGUUAAAUGACGAAAAAUCGAGUUGUUGGAAUUUGGCAAGUCGAUUAGUUUGGGACGAGAAGACAAGAUGACGAGUAGGUGGAACCUGGCAAGAUGACUUGUUUGGGACGAGAAGACAAGAUGACGAGUUGGUGGAACCCCGCAAGUCGACUUGUUUGCGCCAAGAAGGCAACAUGACAGGUUCUUGGUAGUCGGCAAGUUGACUUGUUUGGGAUCAGAAGAUAAGAUGACGAGCAAGAAAAUCCAACAAAUCGUUGUCUUGUCCGAAACAACUUGCCAAGAUCCAAAAACGCGCAAUCUUUUGUUGUCCCAAACAAGCCGACUUUUCAAGUUCCAACAACUUGCCUUCAGGCUUCUCAUCAUUUCCGCCUUUUCGUCUUCUAAUCUCGUCAUCUGGUUAGCACUUAUAAGCUUCCGUAUCUUUGAAACAAGGAGACAAGAUAGCGAGUUGUCGGAACUCGUAAACGAGACUUGUUUGAAACAAGGAGACGAGAUUAACGAAAUGUUGGAACUCAUAUCGACUUAUUUUUUACAUAUUCUAUUCCCAAAUAAGUCGAUAUGUCCAACAAAUGGUCAUCUUUUUUUACUUGUCCCGAACAAGUCGACAAGCCAAGUUUAAAAGAUUUGCGGCCAUCUUGCCUUUUAGUCCUACACAAAUCAACUUGUCAUGUUUUAACAACUCGUCAUCUUUUCUUAUCCCAAAAAAGUCCACUUGACGAAUUUCAACAACUCGGUCGUCUUCAAGUCAUUUAACCCGCCUUACUAUUGUUUUAUCGUUCUCCUCUCAAAUCAAAUUCACAAAUUAACAAUUACAAAAAUAAUUCGAACCUAUUGCUUAAACCAAUUAUUCAAAUCAUGCAAUAUUAUUCAAAGAAACCGUAUCGUACAAAAUGGAAUAUUACAAUUUAAUUAAUUACAAAAUAAGAGAGAAACCAGAUAAAUAGAACAAACGCUGUUAUACCUGCCUCCUCCUUACCUAAUUAGUUGAAAGUACGAUCGAGUGUAUAUUAUCCUUUUGAAUGCCAGUGUAUUUGUCGCUACUUGGUCAGUCAGCGGAAGAUCAUUACUCAAACAACUCUGACUACUAAGGUGUGUAACUGACAUAUCAUAUCAUGAAAACAUCGAGAGACUGUUUCACUUCUGGUAGCCGACAUGAAAGCUAUUUUCCCCCUAUAAAAUACAUUAUAUAAAGGAUGUCUUUGAUGCUUUAAUUGUUCAUGUUUCACAAGUUAGAUUAAUGAUAGGGUUUCUUUAUUUUGUCAAGGAUCUGAACAAUGUUUUAUAUCUUUAUAUAAAAUAGGAAAGAUAAUUAUUCGGAAUUUUAUAAGGGAUUAGAUCUUUCAGAUAAAAAUGAGUUUGCGACAUAUACAGCCAGUAUUGUACAUUAUGAAAAGAGGCAUAUAAUGCUAAAACACAUUUGUUGUAUGCAAUUUCUUAUUUUUAAGAUAAUUUAUUUUGAUAUUUUACUACAUUAAGUUUUCUUUAUUUUUAUCACCCGACGACUCCUUUUAGAGGAAUGAAUGAUUUUAUAUAGAGUAAAAAUACUAAAAUUUAAGGAAUUUAUUAAUUACCCAUGUUAUCCAUGCAUGUUAAAUAUUAAGUAGGGUUCAUUGAUAAACGUGAAACAUUGGUAUCAUUUUAACCCUGCUUCACCAGGUUCUAUCAUAAUGAUUAUGAUCUCUGACAAAAUGUAAUUCAACCCAAGCUAUGAUGUUUCUAUGUAAUUCUUCAUUCAAAAGUUUACAAAAUCGACGUUCAUUCAGUAUCAUUUUAUCGGUGGUUUAUAAGAAUACUUAUUAUUGUAUAUCCACUUAUAGUUCAGUUAUGAUUAAAUGGAUUUGUAAAUUGAAA